AAAAUUUUAACUUUUAUAUAGAAGAUUAUGAAGAGUCAAGCGCUUGCGCUUUUUGUUUGAUAAGUUGAACAUGCGCCCCUUUAACAAGGAAAUUUCUGUCAGAUAACAUUGAAGGGUGAUUUUCGACACGAGCAAAAAUGUGAAUUGAAUAAAAAAAAAAUGGCUAAAAUGCAGUUUAAAUCAACCUUGAAUUUUACAAACAAAAAUGCAAUGGAAGAAUAAUUUUUGAAAUUAGCUCCUGAGAAAGAUGGGGCUGAAAUCUAUUCAUUAUAUAUUAUUUUUUCUUAUUUGGAAAGUAAACAUUCUUAAUAGUCACAAUGUACCCUGUGAUUUUAAUCCUAUGUGCCUAUGUUGGGUUCAAGAUGAUUCAGAUUUUACAAAAAUGGACAUAAAUUGUUUAGGUGUUCCAUUUGCUAGAUUUCCAGAUGUUUCUGUAAGCUAUAUUGCACAAUUGGAUGUGGUUGGUUCAGGGAUCCAAAUUUUGGAUAAUGAUGCAUUAGCGAGUUCAACGAGUGUUGAAGCUCUUGGUUUAAUGAGCAGUCAAUUAAUGAGUAUCGGUGAUAAAGCGUUGCAUGGAGUGUCCGACAGUCUUCGUUCAUUAGACUUAAGUUACAAUGCCCUGGAAGAGGUUCCAUUCAAAGCUCUUUAUAAUUUAAGAAAAUUAAAUUGGCUUAAUAUGCACAGCAAUCAUUUGACAUCUUUGGAUGGUGAUUGGGGAAUGGUGAAAAAUACUUUAGCCAGUGCUUUUUUUGGAGACAAUUCAAUAAGAGAAAUUCCAAGAUGUUUUGGAGAUUUUGAAUUUUUAGUAUGGCUAAAUUUGGAUAACAAUAAUUUAGAAGAAAUUAUUGAAUCAUCACUACCUCCAAAUAUUCAUACAAUAAGUUUAAAUAAUAAUUUAUUGAAAUCAUUUCCAGCUAGUGUGAGAAUUUUAAAAGAAUUAUCAUUUCUCUAUUUGGGAGGAAAUGAUAUGAAAACGCUGGAAUUACCCUAUUUUCAUAGUUCAAAUUUGGAAUUAAUCGACGUAAGUGAGAAUUCCAUAGAAAUUAUGAAAUUUAUGGGUUAUCCAAAUCGUACACUAUUUGUUAAAGAUUUUAAUCUCGCUAAUAAUAAACUUCAAUAUCUUCCUGCUGAUAUAUUUCAAUAUAUGGAGGUGAAAAGAAUUUAUUUGUCUUCCAAUGGAAUUCAUACAAUUAAUGAAAAUGCAUUUCGAGGCUUGGAAGAAAGUUUGGAAUAUUUGAAUCUUGAAAAUAAUGAUAUAAAUGAAGUUCCAGAGGCUAUAAUGAAUUUAAGAAGACUUUCAUAUUUAUAUCUAGCUAAUAAUGAUAUUAGUAUUGUAAGAAAUGAUAGUUUUCUUGAAUUUGCUGACAAUUUGAAAGCAAUUUCAUUACAAACAAAUCAUCUUACUUCGAUACCAGUUACUGCAUUAUCAAAAUGUACAAAUAUUUUACAUUUGAAUUUGGGAUAUAAUAAAAUUUCCACAGUUGAACCUGGAAGUUUUGAUUGGGCAGAAAAUUUGGAAAUUCUUUUAUUGAGGAAUAAUAUUAUUUCAAAAUUGGAAGCAGAGACAUUUAAAGGUGCAAAAAAAUUGAAAGAACUUAGCCUUUCAUUUAAUCAUUUGACGGAAUUGGAAAUUGAUGCAUUUUUGGGAAUAGGUGAAAAUUUGGAAAUAUUGGAAUUGAGCUUUGCAUUUGCUACUGAUGUUUUUCCACAAAAGGCACUUAGGCCACUUGUAAAUCUAAUGUGGCUUGUUUUAGAUAACAAUAAUUUUCAUACAAUUGAUCCAACAUCAUUUUAUUCUCUACGUUUAUUGAGAUAUAUUAAUCUUGAAUCUAACAGGCUCCAUUAUUUGCCGGAAAUGAUUUUUCUCUCUGACGUUCAUCCGGAAUUAAGAGACAUUAAAUUGGGAUAUAACUUCAUAGAAGCAAUUCCUGAUGUUACAUUUCAUAAUUUUACAGAAUUAAGAUCAAUUGAUUUAUCUGGAAAUCGUAUUCGACAUAUUACUGCCAAUUCAGUUGAAGAUUGUCCAAAACUUUUGACAAUAUCACUGGCAUACAAUAGAUUAUCAAAAAUGGAUAAAUAUUCAUUUUGUGGAUUGAGCAGUUUACGAUUUCUUCAUCUCGAAUUCAAUAGAUUAACUUCUUUGGAUUUGGAUGCAAUUUUUGAAAGUGGAGAUUCCGAAUUUGCACUAAAUGCCUCAUAUAAUGCAAUUUCAAUUAUAAAUUCUGUUUUUCCAAUGGAAAAUUUGACACGACUUGAUCUUGGAUUCAAUAAUUUUACCCAUUUUCCUGCUGAAGUUUUCAAAAAUAUGCCAAAUUUAAAAUUACUGGAUGUGAGAAAUAAUUUUAUAACGUCUCUAGAUGCAGGUGUUUUUUCUUUGAAACAACUUGAGAUUUUGAAUCUUCGUGAGAAUCGUCUUGAAACAUUGAGAAAACAAUCUUUUUACGGUCUUGAAUCACUUCAAGAAUUAGAUUUAAGUAUAAAUCAAAUUUUUCAACUCUCCACUGAACAAUUUCGUUAUUUAAAAAAAUUACGAGUUUUAAAUUUAUCUCACAAUAAAUUACGUUCAUUAUCUCGUGAUGUUUUUGAAGCAACAAGAUUAGAAAUUUUGGAUAUGAGUAAUAAUAAAUUCACCGUUUUACCAUCACCUUCAUUUUUAGAAGUUGGCUAUACACUUCGACAUUUAAAUUUAGCGGAUAAUUUAAUUGAUCAUUUGGAUUCAAUGGUUUUUCCAAUUUCACAAUUAACAUGGUUGAAUCUUGCAAAAAAUCGUAUUACCAUUCUUCCUGAUAAUUCAUUUGUCUCAUUAGGCAAACUUUUAACAUUGAAUAUGUCACAAAAUAGUCUUCAGGCAAAUUUUAAAGAAUUAUUUCAUUAUCUUCCUGAUUUGAGACAAUUGUAUUUAGCAAAUUGUGGAUUAAGAAAAGUUCCAAUUCUUCCAUUACCAACGUUAAGUACACUUGAUUUGUCAUUAAAUCAUAUUAAAAGUAUAUCAGAUAAAAAUUUUCAAGAUUUAGGAUCGUUGAAAACUUUAUUGUUGAUCAACAAUUCUCUAACUUCUAUAAGUGGAAUUCGAUUGGGACUGUUGAGAGAAUUAGACAUAUCGGGAAAUCCAAUAGAGGAAUUGUCAAGAGAGAGCUUUGUGGGAUUAGCACGUUUGGAAAAGUUAAAUUUAAAAAAUUUGAAUAGAACAACACACGUUGAGAAAGAUUGUUUACGAAAUUUGAAAUAUUUGAAACAUUUAAGAGUCCAAUCUUGGCCAGAUGUGGCAGAAUUUCAUCUUCGUCAUGUUCUUCAGGGAUUACCUUUAAAAACCGUGGAAAUACAAAUGAUGGAACAUUAUCUAAAGGAUCAAAUUCACAAUACUUUUACAAAACAAUUACGAGAGUUGACAAUUACAGGCCACAAUCUUGAAAUGAUUUCGCCUGAUGCCUUUUCAUCUAUUGAAGGAGGGGAUCUGAUUCUUAGAAUUAAGGACACUUCCGUUCGUAGAUUACAGUCUGAUAUUUUUUUAUCACUAACCAAACAUUUAUCACAGCUCACUCUCGAUCUACGAAAUAAUCAUAUCAACGAAUUAAGUCCAUCUGUAAUUUAUGGAAAUUUAUCAUGGGAGACAGUUGGAACCAAUAUGGUGGCUGGUGGUUUACAAGUUUCCGGAAAUCCAUUGGAAUGUGAUUGUGAAAUUGCCUGGUUGAGCUUGUGGCUAAGACGAUGGCUUCGCGAAUCGCGUCAAAUUCACACAGCUUCACAAUCUGAUGCAAGACAACUGCGGACAAUCGCAGGCCGAGCUGUUUGCACAGAAACAACACCAUCAUCGUCUUCAGAUAAAGUUCUUCUCACUUUAGGAAUACCACACACAGCGUGCCAGGCAUCAGCUCUCAGUUCCGGAAAUUAUGAACGAAUGGCUCGUACCUGGCUGACCAUUGUCGAGUUUUUCAUUUUAAUACUCAUAGCCAAUUAAUGCGCGAGAACAUUGUAGAAUCCAUUAUAAUGAUAACGCAUUAAUAAUAAAAAAAAGGAAAGAAAGAGAA